AUGGCGUCCGUUUCGACUUCGGCUCUGCCCAAGCAGAACCCUGCGCUUAGACGCACCGUCACCUCAACUACUGUGACGGAUUCUGAGUCUGCCGCCGUCUCUCCUUCAGACUCUCCCCGCCACUCGGCCUCUUCCACAUCGCUCUCGUCCAUGUCCGAGGUCGAUAUCGCCAAGCCCAAGUCCGAGUAUGGUGUUAUGCUCGACACCUACGGCAACCAGUUCGAGGUCCCCGACUUUACCAUCAAGGACAUCUACAAUGCCAUCCCUAAGCACUGCUUUAAGCGCUCCGCUCUCAAGGGAUACGCUUAUAUCCUCCGCGACAUUGUCCUCCUUACCACCACUUUCAGCAUUUGGUACAACUUCGUGACCCCCGAAUACAUUCCCUCCACCCCCGCCCGCGCUGGUCUGUGGGCUGUAUACACCGUUCUUCAGGGUCUUUUCGGUACCGGUCUCUGGGUUAUUGCCCAUGAGUGCGGCCACGGUGCUUUCUCCGAUUCUCGCAUCAUCAAUGACAUCACUGGCUGGGUUCUUCACUCUUCCCUCCUUGUCCCCUACUUCAGCUGGCAAAUCUCCCACCGAAAGCACCACAAGGCCACCGGCAACAUGGAGCGUGACAUGGUCUUUGUUCCCCGAACCCGCGAGCAGCAGGCUACUCGUCUCGGAAAGAUGGCCCACGAGCUCGCCCAUCUCACUGAGGAGACCCCCGCUUUCACUCUUCUUAUGCUCGUUCUCCAGCAGCUUGUCGGCUGGCCCAACUACCUUCUCACCAACGUUACUGGCCACAACUACCACGAGCGUCAGCGUGAGGGCCGCGGCAAGGGCAAGCAUAACGGCCUUGGCGGUGGUGUCAACCACUUCGACCCCCGCAGCCCUCUGUACGAGAACAGUGACGCUAAGCUCAUCGUCUUGAGUGAUAUUGGUAUCGGUCUGAUGGCCACUGCUCUGUACUUCCUCGUCCAGAAGUUCGGUUUCUACAACAUGGCCAUCUGGUACUUUGUUCCCUACCUCUGGGUUAACCACUGGCUCGUUGCCAUCACCUUCCUCCAGCACACCGACCCUACCCUUCCCCACUACACCAACGAUGAGUGGAACUUCGUCCGUGGUGCUGCUGCUACCAUUGAUCGUGAGAUGGGUUUCAUCGGCCGCCACCUUCUCCACGGCAUCAUCGAGACUCAUGUCCUCCACCACUACGUCAGCAGCAUCCCCUUCUAUAACGCGGACGAGGCCACCGAGGCCAUCAAGCCCAUCAUGGGCAAGCACUACCGCGCUGAUGUCCAGGAUGGUCCUCGUGGCUUCAUCCGUGCCAUGUACCGCAGUGCCCGUAUGUGCCAGUGGGUUGAGCCUAGCGCUGGUGCCGAGGGUGCUGGUAAGGGUGUUCUGUUCUUCCGCAACCGCAACAACGUGGGCACUCCCCCCGCUGUCAUCAAGCCCGUUGCUUAA